AUGUGGAUACCAGCUUUGCUCCUAUGGGUGCUUAACAUUAGCAAUUUGUGCUCAGGACAAGACUACAUGGACUAUUACCAAACUGGAGACAUGGGCACCGUGGCUCCUGAGUUGUCAGAUGACCAGCCCAGCUUGGACAAAGUAACAAAUAUGGAUCAGCUAUUACAGCUUCUUUACCCGGAAUACAGUUUGCUUCAGCACUGCCUGAGGAAGAAGUCUUGGCACGCCUCCUCCCCCCCCUCUUUUUCAGCCACCACAACGAGCCCGAUGGCUUACUCCAACGAUGAAGAUCUCUGGGGUCAGCCAAGGGAGGAGGCUCUUUACAAAGAGGACGGGACUUUUGGAGUCAUCAUAGAGGAGAUCAAACGGACUUCGUGCCAGCCCAGAGAGGUGUGUGUUGAGGUCUCAAAAGAAUACCCAGAAUCCACCAGUCAGAUCUACCUCCCUCGGUGUGUGGCGCUGCACCGGUGCGGUGGAUGCUGCUCCGAGAGCCAUUACUGCGCCAAUACGAGUCACUCACUUGUAAACAAAACCUUGAUGGAAGUGACUCCCCGGAAGGAAUACUCCGUCGUCAUGGUAACCUUUGUCAACCACACUUCGUGCGAAUGCCUACCCAAGCGACCGCUCCACUCCAUCAUAAGACGAGCCGCAACACAUCACCUGUGUUCCCCUCCUGACGUUCCCUGCGCCUCAGGGUCAUUGUGGGAUCCAGUGAAGUGUGUGUGCGUCUCUUCACAUGUCAUAAACUUCUCUGAGAGAGAGACGGAUAUUGUGGAAACCGGUCUUCUGGCUCUCUGUGGGCCCAACAGGGUUCUGCAGGAAUCCACCUGUGAUUGCGUCUGUCGAAAUGGACUGACCGAGGACAGCUGCGACCCAGGCUGGAAACUGGACCACGACACCUGUGAAUGCCAGUGUGAAGGUCAAGGUGAAGGGAAGUGGUGCCCUGCUGGCCAGCGGUGGGAUGAAGACUUGUGUGGCUGCGUAUGUGCGGCAGAUUGUCCUGGAAAUCAGCCCCUCAACCCCGACACCUGUCUGUGUCAGUGCAGAGAGAGUCCAGAGUCGUGUAUGCGGCAGGGCAAGAGGUUCAACCCCAACACCUGCAGUUGUUACAGGUUGCCGUGCAGAAAGCCCAGACCCGUGUGCUCACCGACGUUCUACUACAGCCACCAGGUCUGCCAGUGCAUCCCCGACUACAUGAGGCCUGAGUGGAAUUAA